GUUUAAGUAAAGAAUAUAGUUGUCCCAUAGUGAAAUAAAAAAUGCAAUAUCUCCUCUUAAAUGACAAGAUGGUAAUACUUUGCUAAAUGAUACUUACUAAAUAAUGAACUGUGUACUGGCAAUAAGCCACUUUUGCUGCCUAACUGGUUUAUUGUUGAAGUAGUGUGAAUCCUCCUGUGAUGGCAAUCUUAAAUAUGCAUUUUAUUCCACCUUUUUAAGAUAGUUAUUCCAGUCAGGAAAUGUACUUCCUUAAAGCUGAACACAAUAAAUCAAGAGGACCUAAUUGUACUUUACAAUUUUACAAUAUAUUAUUUAUUUUAUAGUCAUUAUUGUCUACAUUCAACUUCAGUAGCUACAGGUCAUCAAAACGGUGCAUCCUUACCAAAUAAAACAAUUAUCAAAAAGUGUUGCCCAUGAAAUAGCUUCAAAUUAAUGUUGGAUUUUCUGAACACACGUCUCAUUUAAUGCACUCUGCAUUUGUCCAAAUGCAUUUUGAGAACGUACCAAAUUGUGACGGGAUGCAUUUGUCUGUUGUGCAGGUCAAAGAACUCGUUCUGGACAAUUGUCGCUCAAACGAAGGAAAGAUCGAGGGUCUGACGGACGAAUUUGAGGAGCUGGAAUUCCUCAGCACAAUCAACGUUGGACUCACGACGGUUUCCCACCUGCCGCGGCUAAACAAACUCAAAAAGCUCGAACUCAGCGAUAACCGGAUAUCAGGGGGGCUGGAGGUCCUGGCAGCAAAAUGCCCCAAAUUAACACAUCUCAACCUCAGUGGCAACAAGAUUAAAGACCUCAGCACGAUAGAACCAUUGAAAGAGUUGGCGACCCUGAAAAGCUUAGAUCUGUUCAACUGUGAGGUGACCAACCUGAACGAGUACAGAGACAACGUCUUCAAGCUGCUGCCCCAGCUCACGUACCUGGACGGGUACGACAAGGACGACAAGGAGGCGCCCGACUCCGACGCCGAGGUCUACGCCGAGGGCCUGGACGACGACGACGACGACGAAGACGAGGAGGAGGAGUACGACGAGGACGCAGUGCCAGGAGACGAGGAGGAGGAAGAGGGGGAGGACGACGAAGAGGAGAACGAGGAGGAGGAGGAAGAGGAGGAGGUCAGCGGAGAGGAGGAAGAGGAGGAAGAUCUGAAUGACAAGGAGGCUGAAGACGAGGAUGAUGAAGAAGAAGAAGAAGAGCGAGGUCAGAAGAGAAAAAGGGAGCUGGAUGAAGAAGGGGAGGAAGAUGAAGACGAUUGAGAUUCCUCUGCAAGUUACGUUUUUUAUUAAAAUCUAUUUUAAACGUGUAACUCCCCGUCACUUCCCAACAGCCCCCCUGUAUUUUAACUAGGAGUGAUUUUUGUUAUUGGCCAGUCAGGUAGACGGCGGGGGGGGGUGGUGUCUGAGAUAAGUUAAAUUUGUGUACCUCUUUUGAUGCUCCCACGUUCCAGUCUUUACUGUCCACUUUUAAACAGAUUUGUGGACGCCCGAUUUUGUAACCCCUAAUAAUUGCAAAGAUGAACCUUUUUAAGAAAUGUUUUUUUUUCUUUCCUCACUGUUUGUGUAAGACCAGUUUCUUAAUGGCUUAUAUAUUAUAAAAGAGCCCCCUCCCCCCCUUCAAAAGAAAAAAAAAAAAGAGUGCAUGUCUAAUACAUUUUAAAGUCGACUACUGGAUUUCACGUAUGGCUGUCCUCUCCUCUCCUCGUCUUUUCUUCUUUUUUUGCGGUGAUUUUUUUAAUUAUUGUUUUUUUUUUAAUGUAAGUUAUGUAUUUGUAGUGUCACCAGUAUGCCAAUACUCUUUGCUGUCCUGGUGUGAAACUUCUGUCUGAACAUGCACAGUGUGA